AUGGUCAAAGAAUUCAGGCCUAUUUCCUGUUGCACUGUCAUUUAUAAAAUCAUAUCUAGAAUUCUCGCUGCCAGGUUGGGAGGAAUUCUUAGUAGCAUCACACACAAGAGCCAGGCUGCCUUCAUACUUGGUGACACUCAAUCUAUCCAAAUGGUUAUGGAAGCUUUCAGCAACUUCUCCAAAUCAACAGGUUUGAAGGCCUACUCAGCUAAGUGUGUGGUGUAUUUUGGAAAUGUCGACCAACAAACCAGAAAUGAGAUACAAGUCAUCACUGAGUUCAAAGAAGGCCCUAUGCCAUUUAGACAUCUUAGCAUCCCCUUAACCAGCAGGAAACUAUCUAUUGGGCACUGCUUACUUCUGUGCAUACCACUGUCAAAAACUGUUAGAAUGGUUGAAGCCAUUUGUCGGACCUUCCUAUGGACUGGUUGUGAGCAGAUAUCUAGGAAGACACCAAUAGCUUGGCACAAGGCAAUUCUUAAAUAUAGAGAGGAAGUAAGGCAUAAGCAAGAGUAG